AUGAAUGGCCAUUCGGGUGCCAUGUCGCCCGUUUCAGUCAGUGGCAGUGACUGGUCCGGUAUCAAUCAAUAUCAAAAGCCAAACGAACCGCCCUUUUCGCCCACAUUCCCUUCACGAGGAAACCUAUCUACGCCUCCAAACGCCGGCGUACCAGUACCAUUGAGUCCCAAUAGCACUUCCCCUCUAGUCACCAGUAAUCCAUCUCCACCCAGUUCGGUAGCCGCAAGAUCCAGUGUCGGAACGGCACCGGGGGAUAAGGAACGAGAUGGAGGCCGACGGCGUCGACAAAUGGAGGAGAUUCUAGGUCAGCACUACGUAGCGCUGAAGCGAUUCCUCAGUGCGACCUACCGUGAGGACCGCGCAAACGGUCGUUCAAAUAAGGCCCGCGAUAAACUUCUUCGACUUUCACCAACUCAGUUCCACGAACUGAGUACUGAUGUCUACGACGAGCUUGUCCGCCGACAGCAAGCCAAUCCUCCUCCCGGAAGACCGCCUCGUCCUGAUAUCCCUUCUUUCCUCCCCGCACGCACCGAUUUCCACGAGAAGCGGAACCAUGCCCGUUCAAAGCUUGCCUCGCUCCAACACCAGCGCUUUCGCGAUCUCGCCACGGACGUCUUCUGCGAGUUGGAGCGCCGCUUCCCGCACUUCACCCGUGGACGACCGCCGCCAAACAUGCCACCCGGAUCCCGGAGCUCACAGCGCGGUCCUGGCGCUCGCCCUCCUGGUUCUGCUGGAUUCCCUCCGCGACAAGGGUCUCUCGGACCUCCGUCUCCUGGAAUGAACGGGGAUGGACCGCUUCCGCGAUCAUUUCAAAGCAAUACUAUGAUCCCUAAUAAGAGUACGAUGGUGGAGGAUAGCGAUGAUAUGGGGGACGACGACGAUGAUGCCCGCAGUGACGCAUUUGCGCUAGAUGCGGUCUUGAGCCGGCGGGGCACUACUACGACUCUGGGUGAUAGUGAGCGUAAAUUGCUCCUAGAGAGCCAAACGCAGGUAUCAUCUUUGCUUGAACAAGUUGAAAAAUUGGAGGAGUUGGUUCGCUCGAAGGAUGAGGAGCUGGCUCGGUCUCGGGACUUGGAUCAGUCUGGAGUCAGUCACAGCGAGCGCCAGGAAUGGGAUGAUCUUCGUGCGGAUCUGGAGAGUAAGGUCAUUAAGGCUGAGGAUCUUAACAGCUCGCUCCAGCUUGAAUUGGAGAGAGUUCGUGCCGAGCAUGAACACAUGGAGCGUCAAGUUUCCGGCGGUUCUGAGGAUGAAGAAUUGACUUCCAGGUAUGCCGACUUGGAGAGUAAGCAUCAGAGCCUGCAGGAGGAACUGCAACAACAGCGCGAGGUCACUGCGCAGGUUCGCCAGGAGACUUCGAAGUUCCUUAUGGAAAUGAAGACUCUUACUGCACAGAGUCACUCUAAUUACGAGCGAGAAGAGAAAUUGGCUAAUGAUGUUCACCGGCUUGAGAACGAGCUUCAUGAUUGGAAGAAUCGUUAUGCAAAGGCUAAAUCACAGUUGCGUCAUCUUCGCACAUCUUCUGGUGGAAUCUCUGAUAAUCAACCUGACGCCAGCUUCGUUACCAAGGAACAUGAACUGGUGCAGCACGACGGUGUAGUUAGUGACAUUCAUGUGACCAAGUUCCAGAUGUCCAUCGACGGGCUGCUCCGCGUUGCACGAUUUGAAGAUCCUAGCGAGGUCAUGCAGCAGAUCAAAGUUGUCAUAAUGGCUGUCCGCCAUAUUAUCCAAGAUGUGGACCAGGCUCCGCCUCCGGUUGACGGCACGGCAGUCUUGCGCACCAAGUCCAAGGGCCGUGUGUCUGCUACCGCCAACAACAUUAUUACCGCUUCUCGCAACUAUGCCACUUCCGGAGGUCUCUCGCCCGUCUCGUUGCUGGAUGCUGCCGCAUCUCAUCUCUGCACUGCUGUUGUAGAGCUAGUCCGAGUGGUAAAGAUCCAGGCCUCGCCAGCAGACGAUCUAGAUGAUGAAAACGUGGACGUGGAACUUUCCCAGGAGAAGUUCCCUGACUAUCUCAGCACAACAGCCAGUCAAAGACCCUACAGCAACCACUCUGAGUACAGCGCCAUGAGUGCUCCCGACCAUCCUUCUAUGCAAAAUGGAUUUACAAACGGGUUCGACUAUGGCGCCCCGCAAGAGGACCACGAGAUCCAAGAGCUAAAGUUCUACGUGGAAGACCAGACAGACGGUAUGGUCCAAAACAUCCAGUCGCUGGUUGCUAGUAUCCGGGCCGAUCAAAGCCUAAGCAUAGUCGAGACCCACCUUUCUGCCAUCGACAACGUCGUAGCAAAGGUAGUCUCGGCUAUAGAGCAGCUAGCCCACGAACGCAGCGGCGAUGUCACGUUACGAGAACGGUGCGAGCCGAUUAUCCAGACCCUGGAUGAAUGCCGCAGUCGGUUGAUGAACACUGCUGCUGAGGGCCAUGAAACUGGUAGUCCUGAGCAACUACGUGAAGUGAUUAACCAUCUGCCUCCUAUCGCAUUCGAGAUUGCCCGCCAGACUAAAGAACUUGUUUCUCGUCUUGAGUCCUUGGCCCUUGGAGAAGAUGAUGACUUCCGAUGA